GAGGAUUCUGGGUCUCUUGGUCAGCUAAGAAAGGGGACAGUAACCAGCAGCCAAGCUAGACAUACUGGGAAGUAGGAGGAGGGACUGGGAUGGGGCCUUUCUGAGAUGCUUUGAGUAAGAGCUCUUGCACACCUUGGACUCUGGGAGCCAGGGCUUUUGUGUGGCUGUUAGAAAGGUCAUGGGCAAGCAUGGAUCAGGCAGCAGUGAGUGGAGAUGUGGCUUCAUUUGCCUUUUCAGGUCCUGCUUGCUUCCCUGGGCCGUUGCUGCUCCUGCAGCCCAGAGGAAGACCCUUGUCCCUGGAGCUGAGGCAGCCUCCCUGGCUUCAGCUUGACAGGCAGCUGAUGCGUGAAGAGGUGUGAUUCUCCAGCCUCAAACAGGGAACCUCAGCUCCUCUACCCUGUUUCCAGACUUAAAAAGAUCGACUUGAACAAUCAGAACAAAUUGAUGAUGGCUGCAUGCCUGUUUUGAGCAGGGAGGUCCACUGAAGCCUUGGGCUAUGCCAGUGCUCACCUCAUUGCUUUCCAGCUCUUGCUGCAGACUCAAAUUGAGCCGAUAGCUGAGUUAUGACUCCUUGCAGGGAUGAGGUUGCUGGGGGCAUUGUAAGUGUUUAAUAUUCAAACAGCACAGCUCUUUUAUCUUCUAGUAGAGCCAGAUUGGCAAGUACAAACCUCCAGGAGGCUUUCAUCCAUGUUCUCCCACAGUUUGCACAUCUGUGCCAAAGUUUAGCAAGCUCUGCUGUGUCUCUGGCAACAAUGUAAAGUUUGCUGGUGCUCAGGCUGAGACUUGACUCUCUGUCUCUUCCGGGACCACGCAUGCCUCUUCCCCUGCCUGGGGCUUGGCAAAACUUGUUGUGUUGCAUGCAAACGAGCCUAAUUGAACCAACCAGGUAGGGACCUGGGGCACCCUUUGUCCUAACCAAGCAGCAAUGGAGUAGGUCAAGCUCCUUUGGGGAACAUUUUUAUGUUUUUUUCAUGCAGUGAGGCGGGAGUCCUGUCUUCUGGAGGGGGGUUGCUGUGCUUGAAGUUUCCCCGACUAGAUAGCGGUCAGCCGCAGUGUUUGGACACAAGACAGCUUUACUCCUUUGAUUGUGGUGGGUGCCUUGCAAGCUGGCCGAGAAGUCUCAGGGUGCAGCAGCAGUAUGUCCCAGCUGUGUAGGCAAAGGAGACAGGUCUGAUUCUCCUCCCUGCUCAGGGCUAAUGCCAGACCUGCCUCUUCACAUUGGCAUGGAGGUGCUCCCUGUGGGUGUAGGAGCACUCAAAUGUGUUUUGGUAAAUGCUGCCACAAAGGAGCUGUGGGAGAUCCCUGGGGGACAUGGCUUGAGCCUGGCUGCCAGAACUAGCAGCUUCAGCCAGCUCCAAGCCCUCUGUGUUGGGGGAAGUGAGGCUCAGCUCUGAUGCUGGAUCCUCUUCUGGUCGUUGCCUCCUGGGUAGCUCCCUAUGGCUGCCUCUGAGGGUCUUUGGGAGGGCUGGGGGAAGAGCCGGGUAUCGGCUGUAGCUGGUAGCAGCAAGGUGCUGGGCAGGAGCUGGCAGCUUUGCAGGGAACCCCAGGACAGACAGCGGGAAGAGCUUUCAAAGCUGCUUCAGUAUGUUAGGAGCUAGCAAAGCGAUGCUCCAGAGCAGGGUGGUUGAAGCAGUAGGGUAGGUGAGCUUCAGCCGUGUCCUACCAGUGCUGAGAGGACAGCCUAGGGUGAGGAGCGAAGGGUGUGCCCCACUGUGCCAAAGAGCUCUUGGCUGUGGGGUGGUGGCAGCCCCCUCUGCGGCUCCAUGCUAGCAGCAGCCUCCAUGGGGCCAGGGCUGCAGGUGCCCACGUGGGGCAGGGCAGUGGGGCUGCUGCCUCGGGGCCUGCCCUUCCUCCUGGAGGGAUGUAGAAUGACGAAGCCCUGCGUCACCACUGUGCGUGGGUGCUGGGCACCCCCACUGCUAUCUGAUGACACCCGGCAGCCCCCGACCACAGGCUGUUCCCACAUCCCUGUGUGCCGCAUCCUGCUGACAGCCGUCCCUGAGCUGUUCAAACAAGGGUGGCGCAUGGCAGCGCUGGGCAGGGUGUGGGGCCUGGCCGCCUGCCAUCCCUCGGGCCAGGAUGCAAGCAAUGCCAUUGGUUUGGUACCCACUUGCAGCAGGGAUGCUCUGGCCGGGACCAGGGCAGCCUACAGUGGGGCUCAUUCCUACCAGCCCCUGGUGUGGCUGGGGCUGGGCCUGCGGGCAUCCCUACCUGGUGCCUGGCUGCUCUCUGCCAUGAGGUUACCUCUGUGUUUGUCUUAGUAAUUAACGCUAAUUGCAAGGGGUUUAUUGACCAACUAGGAGAGGUUCUUCCUGUCUUUUCUGGAGAAACAUGGAAAGCAAACAGAGAUUGGAGAUCUGGACUGCUUUCCAACAAAGGAGGGGGGAGCAGGGGGGAGGCAGCAGUAAGAUUGUUAUGAUUGAAAUCACCUGAGCUGGGCAAACACUGAUGCUGGUGAGCUAUAAAGGGCAGCUCUUCUCCCCACAAGAAGCCAUUAUUCCGUCUGGUCUCAAGACAGCAGGUGAGGAAGGGGGCCCUCCGGGGCAGCUGGGGCCUUCAGAUGCUCAUAGGCAAGUGGGAGCUGGUCCUAGCCCAGCAGCCCCCAGGGGAGAUAAGUGCAGCCCUUGCUGGAUGGGGCAGGCUGACACGAUGCAAUUUUUGGCCCUACAUUGACUUUUGUUGCAGUUGCUUUGAGGGGAAGAUGAGCUGAGUCUGCAGAUCAGCCCCUGUGCCCGGGGAUUAGCCCAGAUAAAGGGGAACUGUGCUGAUGUGGCUGAUUCACCUCCCCUGGCCUGGGUCUGGCAGCACUGUGAGCUCAAGGAGGGGCGUGGAAACGAUCCUGUGCCCGCAGCCCCUUGAUCCCCAGUGCUGCCUGUGCUGUUGCUGCUGAUGCCAGGGCAGGGCUGGGGUUCCCCCACCUGUGCUCAUGGCAAGCCCUCUCCCCAUGUCCCCACUGAGCUUGGCUCACCCAGAUACCUCCACCAAGGCUGGGAUUGGGACCCCCGCUGCUAGCGUGGGCUGGGGACCCCAGGCUGUGCCUGGGGUAUAGGAUGCAGACACAGGGCAGCGACCUGUGUUGUGGAGGGGAAAGGGAGGCAUGGACCCCAGGGCUCUGCCAUCUCCUCCGGCUGGCUGAAAGGAGCCAGGGUGAGUCCAUAGUAUGGCAGGUUUGCAUCCCCUGAGUGCAGGUGGCAUCCCGUUCCCGAAGGACCUGGGGUGAUCCCUGAGCUCUCGCAGUAGACACUGUCCAGGAGUAAGGAGGAUGGUGGCAGCGGCCAGACUCACCCUCCUGCUGCUGGGCAGCGUGGGAUUCCUGUGGCCAGCUGGUGCCUGGUACAUAGACUAUUGCCCCAAAGGCUGGUCCUACUACAAGCUAAGCUGCUUCAGGUACUUCCGUCAGCUCCAGAGCUGGGAUGAGGCUGAGAGGCAGUGCCAGGGCAGCCACCCCGGUGCCCAGCUGGCCUGGGUGGAGGAGCCCCAGGAAGCAGACACCUUGCGCAGGGCCAUCUCAUACUACCAGCGCGCGCAGCCUGUCUGGCUCGGUCUCCACUACAGCAACGAGAGCCAGGCCUGGAAGUGGGUGAAGGGGGGCAAGUACAGCAUCACCAGUGGGCUGGCUGGAAACGGUGCCCGUGGGGGGAACUGCGGCAUGCUGACCCACCUCAGCGGCUUCACCCUGUGGUCCAGUGCCGACUGCGCACAGCAGCAUCACUACAUCUGCAAGUGACCAGAGUGAAGAUGCUGCGCUUGGUCAGCCGUGCUGCAGGCUGCUGGGGGGCGAGGCAGGCACC